AUGGCCGGACAGAAACCACAGGCGACAACGCAGGGCGCUUCCCCUUCCAGACAGGCUGAGCCGGCCGCGCCAGUCCCGGAGCCCCUCUCACCUCAGUUCAGGCCCAUCCACUCAACCACACCCAUCCCGCCGCCAACAAUCCCCACCUUCCACCGCCAGACAUUCACCCACAAGCAGCACCCCGCACAGGUUCAGUCUAUCCCACAGCCGCCACCGCCAGAACCCGUGGACUUCAACGAAAACGUUGAUGUGAUCGCCCUGGAGUCGGCCAUCCUGCUCCUCCAGAGGCAGAAGCAAAAGGCCGAAGAGGACAUCCGCCAACUGCAGCGCAUUAAGCAGGAGGCCACCAGAAAGCCGGCCGAGUUCGUGCAGGACCUGGCCAGUGGGAAGGUCGGGCAGGGGCCCCAGCCGGUGGCGCCUGGCGGGGAGGAUGAUGAUGAUGACGAUGAGGACGACGACGAGGAGGAUGACGAUGAGGAAAGCGAUGCUGAGACGGAGGGCCAAGAUGGAGGGGAGGCAUCCAGCAGCGGCCUCGGGCCCUCACCGAUGAAAGCGCCAGGCAAAGGCAAAGGCGCAGCCGCACAGCCACCACCAUCGUGGACAAACCUGCCCACGCCGCAGGACGUGGUGCGCAUGCCCGCCAUAAACUGGUCCAAGUACGCCGUCGUGGGCGAGUCGCUCGACAAGCUGCACCGGGAGCAGCUCGCGAAGCCCACGCUCGGCACGCCGGCCGCGGCGUCGGCGGACGGCAAGGCGUACGAGUUCAAGGGCGGGCCGAACCCGGACGACGGCAAGAAGUCUGUCGGGAUUGCUGCGCCGUACGAUCCCUUACACGACAAGAUCAAGAAGCCUCGCAAGUGA